AUGCCUACCGCAGUGAAAAUUUGCGUCUGCGGCGACGAGAGCACGGGCAAGUCGAGCCUGAUUGCGUCUCUCGUCAAGGACCAGUUUAUGACCAACAAGAUCCAGCCUGUCCUGCCUCAAAUCACCAUUCCGCCGAGCAUUGGAACACCAGAGAAUGUCACUACGACAAUUGUUGACACUUCGGCUCGACCCCAAGACCGAACGACGCUGCGUAAGGAGGUCCGGAAAUGCAAUGUCAUUCUGCUUGUGUAUGCCGAUCAUUACAGCUACGAGCGUGUCGCCCUCUUCUGGAUGCCCUACUUUAGAUCACUGGGUGUCAAUGUCCCAGUCGUUUUAUGUGCGAACAAGUCGGAUCUGGUGGGCCAGAGCAGUACAUCGCAAGUCGUCGAGGAGGAGAUGCUUCCCGUCAUGGCCGAGUUUAGAGAGAUCGACUCGUGCAUCAGAACCAGCGCAAGGGAGCAUCGCAACGUCAACGAAGUCUUCUUUUUGUGCCAAAAGGCCGUGACACACCCUAUUGCGCCCCUCUUCGAUUACAAGGAAGGCCAUCUAAAGCCUUCUUGCGUCGAGGCCUUGAAGCGAAUCUUCUUCCUCUGCGAUAAAAACCAGGAUGGCUAUUUGGAUAAUAAUGAAAUGCGAGACUUUCAAUCUCGCUGCUUCGACAAACCCCUUACGGACGAUGACCUCGAAAACAUCAAACUCUCCAUAUCAAAAUCCCUAAGAGGCGAUGUAGACUUGUCAAAGGGUAUCAACCUGAAAGGCUUUCUGCAAUUAAACAAAAUGUAUGCAGAGAAAGGUCGACACGAAACCAUCUGGAUUAUCUUGCGCAAGUACCACCAUACGGAUAGCUUGAGUCUGGAGGAAAACUUUCUGCAUCCCAAAUUCGAGGUUCCAGAAUUUUGCUCGGCCGAGCUCAGUCCCGCAGGGUACCGGUUCUUUGUGGAUUUAUUCCUGUUAUUCGACAAGGACAAUGAUGGUGGUCUCAAUGAUGAAGAGCUUGAGGCGCUCUUCGCUCCUACCCCUGGGCUGCCCUCUUCUUGGGCCGAUUCUUUCCCAUCCUCGACGGUUCGAAACGAAGGCGGAUAUAUCACUUUACAAGGCUGGCUGGCUCAAUGGAGCAUGACGACGUUUCUGGAACCCAAGACAACUCUGGAGUACCUGGCAUACCUCGGAUUCGAGCCUCCCAACCCAAAAGAACCCAUCACCUCAGCACUCAAGGUUACAAAACCGCGCAAGAGGCGAAGGCGACCAGGGCGUGUUGAAAGGAAUGUCUUCCAUUGCUAUAUUCUCGGCGCGUCAGGAGCCGGCAAAUCAUCUCUCCUAGACGCUUUUCUCAAUCGUCCGUUUGACGACUUGUACCACCCGACCAUUAAACCACGUCGAGCAGUCAACAGCGUGGAACUUCCUGGUGGAAAGCAGGUCUACCUCAUUUUCGAAGAGCUUGGAGAGCUUGAGCCGGCUAUUCUAGAGAACCAGGCAAAACUAGACGCUUGCGACCUCCUUUGCUACACGUACGAUUCAUCCGACCCUGAUUCGUUUUCUCACAUUGUGGACAUACGGAAAAAGCAUCCCCAGCUAGACGAGCUGCCAUCCGUUUACACCGCUCUUAAGGCAGAUAGAGACAAAACCAUGCAGCGGAGCGAGCUGCAGCCUGACCAGUACACGUCGUCUCUUAACAUGAGCUCGCCCUUGCAUGUCAGUGUCACAUGGAACAGCAUCAGUGAGCUGUUUGUCUCCCUUGCUGAGGCGGCGGCGAACCCAAGCACCGCAUUCCCUAAGACUGACGAUGACUCACCUGAUCGGACAAGCUUGUAUCUUACUCUGGGAGCAACGGCUUGCGCGGCGAUUGCGGCUGUUAUGAUUUGGAGGCGGUCGACAAACGCCAUGUAA